AUGAGUAGACGACAACAAGCAAAAGUAACUUCUGGAAUUCAAGUUGAAAAACCCGAACAGCCAGAAUUGGCUGAACACGAUGCAUCAAUUUUGGAUCUUGCGUUUGCAAUGGACUGCACUGGAUCGAUGGCUUCAUAUAUUGAAAGUGCUAAGAAUAACAUACGUGCAAUUGUUGAAGAAAUUGUGAGAAGUGAAAAGAGUGACAUUCGUUUAGCAUUGGUCGAAUAUCGUGACCAUCCUCCACAGGAUAGAACAUUUGUUACUCCAGAUGGUGGUGGUGAUGCACCAGAGGCAGUGGCAGAUGCACUCCACGAAGUUCUCAAUCUGUCAUGGCGUCCAGAAGCAACCAGAAUCUGUAUUCUGAUUUCUGAUGCACCACCGCACGGUCUCGAUCCGACUGGUGAUAGUUUUCCGAAUGGAUGUCCUGCUGGUUACGAUCCAUUAAGACUGGCACGCGACAUGGGCGAGCAUCGUAUCACGUUGUAUGCAGUUGGUGUUGAACCACCAAUAGUGCGGUAUCGUGAUUUUUUUAUGACCAUUGCCUAUAUUACGGGUGGACAGUAUUUUCCAAUGGUUAAUGCGCGAUUAUUAGCUAAAGUCAUCAUUGGUGGAGUACGUGAAGAGAUAACCUUAGAGCGUCUGAUGCAAAAUGCUGAUGCAGAUAUUGUUCGUGAAGUACAACGAGCAGAAGAGGAAGGGCUAGAUGAUCGAGAGACAGCCACACGCAUUAAUCAUUAUUUUGCUUCGAGAAAGACACGUACCAAGCAUAUGCGCAAUAAAGCUGGUGCAACAUCAAAGACAGCCGAAGAAUGUUAUUCGAAAUGUGCUGACAUGUCGGAGAUAGCAUCUAAAUUUAAAACAGUAGAAAUAGAGGAAGAAGAGAAAACCAGAGAAGAUAUGAACUAUGAACUUGAUGAGGACGAUAUGAGUUUGGAACAAGCAAAACGCAUUGUUCAAAAAGCAAAAAGUCGAAAAUAG